AUGCAAUACCCAGAGCUCUUAUUGAUUUGUUUCAUUCCAAUAGAUUGUUGUUUGUUAACUUUCUCAGCAGUUGUCAAAGCUGUAGAUUUCGAUUUGGAAAUCGAAGAGACAAUCUUUAAUUUCGGACCGAGAACACCACCACCACCACCGGUAGUGAUCAAAAUUGCAAGGAUCCGUUCCGAAACCGAUGCAAACGUUGUCCAAGUCGUUCUAGACAGCAAGAGUGUUCUAGUUGGAAACCCACCGAAACCAGCGAGAUCACUAACCAUCCAAGAGAUCUUCAACUUUAAAGAUAUCUUGAGAUCACCAGAGUACACCAAACUCGAUAAGGUCUCACAGUUUGUCGCUGAAAAUCCACCAUCCGGUGAUACCAAAUGGAUUGUAGUUAUUAGUCCAGAGGAAAAGGUCAUUGGAUGGAUGGCAUCGACUCCAGAAUCGGGACGUCCAUCAUUCACCGUAGCAUUUGAAAAUUUCUACCAAUCUAGAAUUCCAAAUUAA